CUCCGAUUUCAUCAUCUGGUCUCCUCAACAACCUGGCUGGCGAGAAUGGUCCCAUGGGUAGAUGUUAUUCGGCAUUGUCUUUGGAAAGACACAGUAGCGCUAAAACAAUUAAUCCAUACAACACAAGAGGAGUUUUUCAUGGAAACAGAAAUGAAUCAACAUCUGCUGCAUCUGAUACACCAGGAGCAGUGACUGAGAAGUAUGAAUAUCAGGCAGAGGUUAGCCGUCUGAUGGAUUUAAUUGUUAACAGUUUAUACAGCAACAAAGAAGUGUUUCUCCGGGAGCUAAUCAGCAAUGCAAGUGAUGCUCUGGAUAAGCUGAGGUUCCUUGGUGUUACACAGCCCGAUCUUUUAAAGGAUGCAGUUGAUCUUGAUAUCCGUAUACAGACUGAUAAAGAUAAUGGCAUAAUAACAAUCACAGACACUGGAAUUGGUAUGACUCGCCAGGAACUUGUUGACUGCCUUGGUACUAUAGCUCAAAGUGGAACUGCAAAGUUUUUGAAAGCACUGAAGGAUAGCAAGGAUGCCGGAGCUGAUAGUAACCUGAUUGGGCAAUUUGGUGUUGGAUUCUAUUCUGCUUUCCUUGUUUCUGAACGGGUUGAAGUUUCAACUAAGAGCCCUAAAUCGGACAAACAGUAUGUUUGGGAAGGAGAAGCUAAUUCUAGUGUGUAUAGCAUUCGAGAAGAGACUGACCCAAGCAAAUGCAUUCCUAGAGGGACUCGCCUCACCUUAUAUCUUAAGAGAGAUGACAAGGGUUUUGCACAUCCUGAAAAAAUACAGAAGCUUAUACAAAACUAUUCACAGUUUGUUUCGUUCCCUAUCUAUACAUGGCAAGAAAAGGGAUACACUAAAGAGGUUGAAGUUGAUGAGGAUCAAGCAGAUACCAAGAAUGAUGGACAAGAUGAGCCAACUGAGAAAAAGAAGAAGACCAAAACAGUUGUGGAGAAAUAUUGGGAUUGGGAUCUUACAAAUGAGACUCAGCCUAUAUGGCUUAGAAAUCCGAAGGAGGUUACUACAGAGGAAUAUAAUGAGUUCUAUAAGAAGACAUUCAAUGAAUAUUUGGAGCCUCUCGCAUCUUCCCAUUUUACGACUGAGGGAGAAGUAGAGUUCAGAUCUGUCCUUUUUGUGCCAGCAGCUUCUCCAAUGGGCAAGGAUGACUUUAUCAAUGGAAAAACAAAAAAUAUAAGGUUGUAUGUGAAGCGGGUGUUCAUUUCAAGUGAUUUUGAUGGUGAACUGUUCCCUCGAUAUCUGAGCUUUGUUAAAGGUGUGGUAGACUCAAAUGAUCUCCCGUUGAAUGUCUCACGUGAAAUACUUCAAGAGAGUCGCAUUGUUCGCAUAAUGAGGAAACGUUUGGUGAGGAAAGCUUUUGAGAUGAUCCAAGGCAUAGCCUUGAGUGAUAAUAGAGAUGACUAUGAGAAGUUCUAUGAGAAUUUUGGCAAGCACCUAAAAAUAGGCUGCAUUGAAGACCGUGAGAACCACAAGCGCAUUGCCCCAUUGCUGAGAUUUUUCUCUUCACAAAGUGAGGAAGACAUGAUCAGCCUGGAUGAAUAUGUUGAGAACAUGAAGCCAGACCAGAAGGAAAUAUAUUUUAUUGCUUCUGAUAGUGUAGCAAGUGCAAAGAACACUCCCUUCCUUGAAAAGCUUCUUGAGAAAGAUCUUGAAGUACUCUUUUUAGUUGAUCCCAUUGAUGAGGUUGCUAUCCAGAGUCUCAAAUCCUACAAGGAAAAAGAGUUUGUUGAUAUUAGCAAAGAAGAUCUUGAUCUGGGUGAUAAGAAUGAGGAUACAGAGAAGGAGAUGAAGCAAGAAUUUGGCCCGACUUGUGAUUGGAUAAAGAACCGGUUAGGUGAAAAAGUGGCAAGUGUACAAAUCUCAAACCGUCUCAGCUCGUCUCCUUGUGUUCUAGUAUCUGGAAAGUUUGGUUGGUCUGCAAACAUGGAAAGGCUGAUGAAGGCCCAAAGUGGUGGUGGUGAUGCCUCUAGCCUGGCGUUUAUGAAAAGCAGGAGAGUCUUUGAGAUAAAUCCUAACCACCCAAUCAUCAGGACAUUAAACGAGGCUUCAAAGAAUAGCCCAAGUGACGAAGAAGCCCUGCAAGCAAUUGAUCUUUUAUAUGACGCGGCUUUGGUUUCUAGUGGUUUCACUCCUGAAGAUCCAUCUGAGCUAGGAAGUAAGAUCUAUGGAAUGAUGAGCAUGGCUCUGUCAGGAAAGUGGGGAGCUUCAGAUGGAUUUUCGCAGCACACAGCAGCGUCCUCCCAAACACAUAUCCCUGAAACAGUGGAGGCUGAGGUGGUGGAGCCUGCCGAAGCUGGUGUGCAGAAGUAAUGAACCCAACUGAGUACGUGGAAACCUUCAAUGCUUUUUUAGUAGCUUUUUGAAGUUGAGGAGCAGCACAGAUUGAUGAAUGGAUUGGAGCUUUUUAAAAGUAUUUUCUGGGAUUAAUAUUGCAAUGUUUUAAGCAGAGUUUUUGAAAAUUUUAUUCAAUUAGUAAUGUUCUACUUAGUCGGAUUCCCCAUUCUAUAUUUGGUAUUUAGAGAUAUACUAAUAUGUUAUCAUUAGCUUCGAAUGUAGCAACGAUGAGUUGGAACUUGAAAGUGCCCCUCUAAUGGAAAAGAAAUUAUUAGCGUAUUGAAGUUUGAUAGCAAAUAUUUGUUAAAUUUAUGGAAGCAAUAAAUAUACCUUUCAGGAGUCAGGACUAACUAUAAAAAAACAUUAGAACGAGUAUGCCUUGUCUACAAUUGGAAUCUACCUUAUAUGGUAAAGCUACACCGCCUACACCGCCACAUUGUUCGGAUUCCAUACGGAUCUUGUAUGAGUUUGAUUGGUGGCUUAUUCCCUCCUAAUUGGUUGAUCUUUGAGGGGUGAGUUCUACACUUGAGCUUAUGGCAUUGAUAUAGGCCUAGUAUGAGCUAGGUUCGUAACAACUAGUAUCAGAGCCAUCCUCAUCUUCUUGGUCCUGACAUUCGGAGUGGCCUAUGGAGUGGUGGCUUGGGUCCUGUGGAACCAAUUGUGACCAACGACUCAACGAGGAUGUUGGCUCUUUGAAGCGUGUGAUAUUCUUACGAUUCCACACCGAUCAAGUAUGGGCUUGAUCAAUUGCUUAUAAGUAAGGUGUUCUCUUCUUCUAAUCGUCUGGUCUUUUAGGAGUGACUUUUACACCUGAACUUAUGACAUUGAAAUAGGCCUAGUAUGGGAGUAACAAUCUUAGUGUAGCAAAAUUUGACAAGUCGAGACCAGUAAGUUGUGGAGAUCCAUUUCUUUGCAAAGUUAGCUUUUGUUGCACAAAAGCUUUCAUUUUGUGCACAAAGUCUUUGGACAUUGAAAUAUGGAAUUGCCUGUGGGCGUAAAUACGAGGAUAAGAUUUUAUACACAAAAGAAGUUUUGAUUGUAUAUAGGAGCUUUUGUCAUUUUU